CUCCGGGAAGCGGUGCCUGUCUUUCCUUACUUCGAAAUUCGCCUUCCUCUCCUCAACUCAACCUGGUCUAUCUAUUCUCAACUAAUCACCCUCCUUUGGACAUCUGCUACUCCUUUUCUUGCCGGGACACGUUACACUUCUAGACGAAGAACAUGCCGCGCAACGACUCACAAGAAUCACUGAGCCCCUCAGACUUUGUGACGAUAAAAUCGAAGCCCAGUAGUAUCAAGCUCACGGGAAUAAUCAUCCUACCACGCGCGGAGGACGAAGAAUCGCCGACGAGCUCAUCGUCGGACACCCCCCUACCCGGAUCCUCGUCCUCGUCCUCAUCGCCAGACCACUGUCACGGGGCCGGCCACACGCUACGGCGGACGAGCACGAGCAUGAGCGCGCUGUCCGUCUCCUUCGCCACCCUGCCCCACAUCCCCCCGCGCAAGCGACGCUCCGCAGCCCCCCUAGGCGUCGCUUCGCGCGGUGCGAUGAUGCGCCGGCGGCGCGCAGGGAUGCCCGGCUACGAUGCGAACGGGGACCCGCUGCUGCCGCCCGCGCCACCGACGUGGACGGACGACGAUGCUGAUAUGCAUACGCAGCGCAUAUUCGCCGAUCACGCGGACCAUGCGCAGCGCAGUGCGAAUAAUACCUCGCUCGGGACGGAGUCGGACGACCCUCUGGUGACGCUCGGCCGGAAAAUGAAGGGUGCCGGGAAGAGCUUUUGGCGCAAGAUGGGCCAGGGUAAGAAGCCCGCCCCGGGGAUGGUGGUCCAGGGACGCACGGAGACGCUGUUGCCUGAUGCUAUCUCCGGCGACCGGACGGUCGUGGCACAGAUAGCCGCGUUUGAUGGCUCGACUGGGGAAGGGGGUGUCUGGGAAGAAGAAGUCGGGAGCAGAUAUGGUCUGAAUGUCGGCCAGACCGAGACCGUUGCGGAAAACCAGUCCCCGUGGAAACAGCUGCCGCCGGUCCCGACAGAUGAUACCAGCGACGGGACGAGCAGUGGGCAGGAACGCGCCAGUGACGAGGUCAGUAGCCCAGAUCAGACGGCCGCGUCGGAUGAUUCGCAAGAAAGUGCGGUGACUCCCGUGGCUGGUAGUAAAUUCUCAUGACAUGAUUUCUUCGGGGCCUCUACCUUACUACCUGGGCACGCACAUGGCGGCGCUAUUCCUCUAUCGUAUUCCACAACAGGAUCCUUUCUCUAUUCUCUAUCUAGAGUGCACAUCUGUAUGUUUUCCGCCGGCCAGACUGUGUAUCGUGCACACUAUUCUGCAUCGCCAUUAUUCGGCGCGUCGACCCCGGUCCAAUCCGCCUGUUGCACUAGAAGAACGCCGCCCCCUCCGAGUGAUCUCUUAUUUGGCCAGUUUAGGCUCAGCGGCUUGCUUCCCACUGUCAUCACACUCUGCGCGGCCUCGUCAAUUUCAAGUCCGGAGCUGCUGGAGUGUGCGCGGGAGUGUGGCGAGCAUAAUUGACGCUAUAAAAGAGGACCUUUUCUGGCUCCUCGACGCCACCAGCUUUCCUUCCAGCUCUAAUGGGGGACUAGAUCCGAGAGAUUCGGAGAAGCGGUGAGUGAGGUGAGCAAUGCUUCAAUGGCGCAGAAGUCAACUCGGCUCUUCAAGCUUUCCUACCGACCCCUCCGCACUGCCAACUUUUCUUUCCAGUUUCAAUGAGCAAUGCUUUCUUGGAGACACUCAGCCCAUGCCUUGACAAGCCCUAGUGAUCUGGCAGAACCAGCCUCGUGCACUGAGAUUGUUGUCCACAGCAUUGCGGAGCUUUCAAGACAUCAACGCAUCCGUCCGGCGCGCUACUAUUACUGGACUGGAUCUUGAUGAGACCACGGCUUGAGCUUGUGUCCUGUAACGUGAUCUGGCUUUUUGGCCUUUGUCCUCCGAAUCCAGAAUCACUCGAGGACGAUUGCAAUUUCCGGUCUGCAGACAAUGUUGCACGCAAGGCUCUGCUGCUCGUGCAGGCUGCUUGCUCUCCCGCUACUCACUUGCAUAACUCACUGAGACAUGACUGGGAACCCAGCAGAAAGAUCUGUUGAAACCUCCUUGAGCACUGGCGCCGCAUUGGAACUGCUCCGUUGCCGACUGAACGACACACGCGCGCAGUUGCUCUCCCUUGAACGGCAAGAACGGGCUCUACAACACAUCAUGAAUGCUGCGGUGCGGCGGCUGGUCGAGACAGUCCCCGCUGAGAUUCUUCAGGCGAUAUUUCGACAGCUGGCGCCUGUAUUCGUGUCCUGCAGCAUGCAAGAGAACGAAUCCUUCCGGUGCAGUCCCACCCCGCAUAAUGUCGCCCAAGUCUGCCGCCGCUGGCGCGCUGUGGCUCUGAAAUGUCGCGAGCUCUGGACGACUAUGGACGUCCGACCGAUCUUUGCUAGGCUCCCGACACCAGCCAGCACACUCAGAGAUGACCCCGAUGGCCGGAUGUCCCCCGCGCCGUUCUCGAGUUCCCCUGCACAUUCUCAAGGCCAGCUGUUCGCACCUAAGGAAGCGGAGCCGCAUCCUCAGAACCAACUCGCGCGAACGAACUCUGCUCCUUUGCGAGCACUGACGAACUUCUCGUCGAUGGGCUCCAUCUCGUCAUCGGGUCCGCCUCCGAAUCAAGGCGCUCUCAAGCGCACGUACUCUAAAGAGAUGGCACUGGGGCUCGAGGCAUGUCGCGAUCUCGCCUCUCGCUCAGACUCCUCCCUGGCAUUUCUUGCCGUCAACUUGAUCCAGGAUUUGAGCGAGCUGUCGAAUGUUUCCCUGACAGCGCUGGGCCGUUUCUGUGACUCGGCCAUCGCGCAAGUCGGACUGGACAGGAUCUGGAAGCUGGGUGUUUGCGCGGUGUCACUCACUGAUCACAUCCGGGAGCUCCUCGAGGCAGAUUCGAUUGAGCAACUGCACACGCUGUUCGUGCAAGGCCCCGUGAAGCUGCUGCCGACGUUGGUUCGGAUUGGAAGUCUUCGGGUGUUGGCCUUGCACGGUUUGGCCAUGGAUGAGCAUUGCGUGAAAGCCAUCCCCUGGUCGCAGCUCGCUUCGUAUUCGGAGUUUGCUUGCACCUGGGCGGUCAAGGAGGAUAUGCGCGCCGCCUACCACGGGUUGGACAACGUCGUUGAACUCUCGUUGGGCUCUGACGGGUGGGCGUUGCACGAUCAGGGUUCUCUGCCCCAUCUUCGGAGCUUCAGCGGGAUUCUGCUGCAUAAAAACGCAGAUUUCUUGUCGCACAUCGACGCGCCUGUGCUCGAAUCGCUCGAGCUCGUUUGUCGCCGGUCGUCCGUUUUGCAUGGACUAUUCGAGGGCCUGAGCAUGUCCGCUCUCAGAUUCCUCCGAAUCCAGGUCGUCAGUAUCUGCGACGAGGCGUCGAUCGACCUCGCACGCUUGUCUAAACGGUUCCCCGGCCUCGAGGAGCUGUCCGUUUGGGCACCGGAAUGGGAGGGCGCUGGCCAUCUGGUCGAGUGUCUAUGUAGCCCGCUCUGGGGUGAACAGCUGAAGUCUCUCAAAUUCGCCAUAGCCGAAUUGGACGAGAUGACGAGUGCUCAGUUGCUGGCCGCCUUGCAAAGCUUCCGUCUAGAGGGGAAUCUUGCAGCGCUGUAUUUGCUCCAGGGAGCGCCGGAAAAGGAUACGCGUCGCGGGGAUUUCUACUUUAAGAAGGGAACAAGAUGGGUGAAGGAUGGUCUGGUCCAAUACUGAAUAACACACUGUUUGCAAUCUACGUAUAUCUACCUUACAAAACAUUCAGUCGUCAAGGCUCUUUCUCAGAAAGCCAACUUGGAAUUUG